AUGGAGUGCAGAUUAGUUGGGGUCUGUCAACUCGACCCAUCUACACGUCAGGAUUAUGGUUUGUAUUUACCAUUGUCUACUCUACCUGAUUUAACACCAAUGACAAGUUCACUGACCAGUGAUUCAACACCAACAGUUACUGAUUCUAAACAGGACAUUAAACAAAUUUCAUACAACAGACGUGAAACACCGGAAGGAUUCACCGUGCCAUACAUUUCAGAAAUUAGUCCAAAUCAACCAAACUUGAUUAGCGAAUCAGAGACUUCAUUUCUGUCUCCGAUUCCUAAUAAACUUAAAAAUUCGACGGCACAACCACCCUCUCAUUGUAUGUCAACAGCAGACAACAGUGUGGAAAUCACAAAAUCAUCUAUUGAUUUUCUGUUGGAUAUGAAUAAUAAAACCUUAAUGAUAAAUCAACCGAAAUGUUACACUCCGCUGGUACUCAUUUCACAAAAAACAUCGCCACGUUCAUUGACGAGAAAAAUCCCUUCUUCCAGUCAAAGUCUGGGAUAUUUUGAUAGAAAGAAACAGACAGAUAAUUUUGCCCAUUGGGAUGUAAUUUCCGAUAACCAUGAUGUCUUAAAAUGGGACUAUGCCGGGGAUAUAGCUUCGAACCAUUCGGGUGUUCCAAGAACUAUUUCUCAUUCUAGUCUGUCUUGUCAUCCUGUUGAUCGUGGGAAUUAUGAUGUCAGCAUGACAUUGACAUGGCCUUCUCCGUCUUCUACAUAUGGCUAUGCGAUUCGUAGAAGAUGCAACUUCAAUACAAAAACUAAUGCUGAUAAAAAUUGGAACGAAUCGCCAAUAAGACAGGGAUUAAUAGAAUUUCCUUCAACUGUAGUUAAUCAUGGGUCGUUUAUAUCUAGUCCAGAUCCUGAAGAUGAAGUAAACACUUUAUCAACUUUCAAUCAAUUGAAUAAUUCUAUUAAUCAACUGAAUCAAUUUAAUCACUGUCGAUCACCGUUAAAUGUUAAUGAGUUUGAUAACUUGGAAAGUAGUGAAUAUUUUGUAAAGUAUAAUGUGAACAUAAAUAAUAGUGAAAUUAGUUUAAAUGAUGAAAAUUUUUAUGACCAUAGAGAAAGGUUUGAUUUGAAUAACAUCAGUAUGAAAACAAACCAAUCUGUGACGGAAUUGCAAAAUCAUGCUAAUAGUAAUUUGAAAGCUAGGAAAGCUUCUGAAAAUCGUCUACGACAACAUUUAGACAGUUUACUUGUUUCUGUAGAUAAAGAUGAACACAAGUCUCAAACCGUUAAAUCCACUGAUAGUGAUUGGUUAAAAAAGAGAACACCUGAACCCCAUGCUCGAGCAAUAAGAACAUUUAAAUCAGUUGAUUUAAAUAAUCAAACUGCUACAAAUGAUAUAUCUAACAGAACUGAACAGGAAAACUUAACAAAUCUUUCGGUGCAAAGUAACUGUAGACCUGUGAAGCAGUUAAAUGAAGAUAGUAAUAAUAAUAAUAAUAAUAAUAAUAAUAAUAAUAAUAAUAGUAAUAAUAAUAACCAUGGAUCACAUAUACCUUUAGAGCAGAUGCAGCAUGAUUUAUCUUCAUUUCAGACUACGUUUGUAUUAAAUGCUGCAGGAAAGGAAAAUUUUUUACACAUAAAUGAUAAUACAGCAAAACAAAGAACUUCAGCAAUUCAAUCGUCAACAUGCCCGAAGGAUUCUUUCCAGUCAUCAUCGAUUGAUUUUAGUGAACCAGAAGAAAUGUGCUACAUUAUAGAUGGUGUGCUAUCAUCAAUACAAGACACAAAUAAUUUUUCAGCUAUUACAACGGUAACGCCAAUAAAUGAAAAUAUAAAUUGUCAAAGCAAUUUUGAUGCAGAAUCCGAAGGUUGUAGAAGUAGCCUUAUUGAGGAUGAAAAUUACGAGAAAGAAAUUUCACCUUACAAUUGUAAUAUUCUUAAUGAUUUUGAUAUGAAAAUGAAAAACAGUGAAGUUUCCACAUCAUUUUCACAAUCAGUUCAAAAUGAUAAAGUGUCAGUUAUAACAAAUGAGAGCAGUAUUUUUAAAACUAAUGAUCCGCUCACUGCUGAAUGUAAGUUGUUGUAUAAUGGUUUGGAUGUAAAACUAUCUAACGUUUACACUUCAAUCUUACCAUCUUCUUUAAUGCAAUUGGUUACGGAGAUUACUGCGUAUAAUUCGCCAUAUAUAAACUAUGUUACUUCCAAAAUUGAAUCAAACAAUCUACCUGAAUAUUCACCUUCGCUAUAUAACAAUUUAUCCAUGGCUAAGCAUCAAUCAUUUCAUUCGAAUCAUUUAAAAAAAAACAUGUCAACAUGUUUCACUUUACUCAAUCAUACUGACACAUCAUCAAAGAAACGAGAACACUGUUUUUCAUUCGAUUCUAUUGAAAAUAAGAUUCCUCAAGAUAUACUCAAUGAAGUUGAAAUGAACAGUAGAGAUAAUAAUGAAAUGCAUAAAACAUUUCACAUAACCAAAACUUCAACAGGACAAACUGUCGAUUUGUCUUCUGUUUUUCUGAAUGCAAAAAGCAAACAAUCACCUACGGUACAUCAUCAUCAUCAUAUCAGAUCAAAUGUUACAUCACCGUGUAACAUAGGAAUUUCUUCUUGUCCAUUAUUAACUCAAAAUAUAAAAAAUCAAGACUGUGAGAAAAUCAAAACUAGCGAACGUUUGACUUGGUGUGGAGAUUAUUUAUCUGAAAAUGAUUUUGAAUUAAAUUCACUGAUGAUAAGUCCCAUCUGUACUAAACAACCUACAUCAGAUUAUAAUCAAGAAAAGGUUGACAAAGGAGUACAAGUUUGUACACUGGAAUAUCUUCAUACAUAUUCAUGUAAUCAUAAUGAAAACAAUGUGAAAAAGUCCAACACUAAGUUGGUUCAGACUACAGAUUUAUGCAAUGAAAGCUCGUGCACAUGUUUUCACACCUACAGAAUCACACCUGAUAAGACUAAAUAUUCAGGAACAAAAACAUCAUCAUUACCUUUUCAAUUGGUUGACAAACUGUCAGUAUGUAGUACAGAGCCUGUUAGCAAUACGAAAUGCUCGCCGAAAAGUAGGCAUCUUGAAGUUUUACAAUCUGUUUGCCCUGUGCCAAGAUCAACUCUUGUAGCUCAGUUGAAAUACAUACUUUUAAAACAAAAACUAAAGUUAUUGCGUACCCGAUUUGUCUAUAAUUUAAGAAAACGUAUAGUGAAUCAUCUUGAAAAGUUUUUAGAACAAAUAGUUUCAACAGAUGCAACACCUCUGUCGAAUUCGAUACCGGACGAUUGGGACACAGAUACAGUGUCUUUAUUGUCGGAUUUAUCUGAAAAAGAUGUUGAUCUAGACAAUAGUCAUAUGGAAAAAUGUAUUCCUGUAUCGAAUAACUCAAAGUCUGGAAUUAAUAAAAACACUAAACUGAUCACACAAAAAUGUAAGUUAUCAACUAAUGGACAUGAAGAAAGUGCACAAAUUCACGAGAAAAUUUCGACCAAAACUACUCAUUGUGAGGUAUCACAAAAAGACAUUCAAAAGUCUGCUAACACAAGAGGUAUUUCUUGGUUUCAACCUUUAAAUGAAACUUAUUCGGAAAAAGUUCUUAAACAAAGCUUCACAAAAAACUGUAGGCAAACAUCACAAGUUAAUUUUGGAUGUAAUAGAAAACAGUUGAAACAAGAAAAAAAUCGACCCAGAUUAUAUCACGAUUAUAUACAGAAUCAAGUUAAUAUACAGAAAACUAAAUUGGCUAAACUGCACGUCAAUCGACUUCGAAUGAAGAUUUAUGGUGAAAAGAUUCUACGUUCUGUACUUCAUGGUAACCCAUCGUCAAUUACGUUCAAAGAAAUUUGA